ACUCUCUCCAGCACCAUCGAUCCCCACCUCUGUCCCGUCUCUCUGCCGCAGGGUCGCACCCACCACCACCACCACCACCACCACCCGCCGGAAACCCCCAAAUCACAACAAUCCACUCCAGCCCCCAACUCCCCACCGGAGCCAGCCAAUUCCGGCGAGAUGGGCCUCUCGAGCAUGCCCGCGCCCAAGGACAACCUCUUCAUCUUCCUCCUCUACAACACGGCCGUGUCCAUCGCCGUGCUCUCCGACCUGGUGCGCGCGGCCAUGGCCUUCGUCGGCCUCCCCGUGCCGCCCGCCUGGGGCGAGGACGACGACCAGCCCCUCGCCAUCCCGUCCUCCUCCUCCCCCUCCCCCGCCCCCGCGGGGCCGACCCUCGCGGACAGGUUCCGGAGCAGCUUCACCCCCGCCCUGUUCGGGCGCGGCCCCCGCCGCGGCGCCUCCCCGGACUGCCGCGUGUGCCUGGCCAGGUUCGAGCCGGAGUCGGUGGUGAACCGGCUGCCCUGCGGCCACCUGUUCCACCGCGCGUGCCUCGAGACGUGGCUCGACUACGACCACGCCACCUGCCCGCUCUGCCGCCUCCGCCUCCUCCCCGCCGCCGACGACCCGCCCUCGCUCGGCUUCGCCCGGGUUCACUGAGAGAUCUGCCGCCGUCGAUUCGAUUCGAUUCACCACCGCGGAGCCAGCUCCGUCAAGGCCCUGCCGUGUGCGCCUAGGAAAAUUGAGGAUCCAUCCAUCCCCAUUUAGCUCUAGCUCCACCCCAUUUAGUGUUCCUUUAUUUACUCUAAUGUUUUACAGUAGUGGUGCCGCUUCUUAUUA